AUGUGCCUGCUGGCCGGCCUGUUCGGAGGGGACGCGCACCACGACGGCGACGGCGGCGGCGGCGGCGGCGACUCGGCGCGGCCCGCCUGGAAGCCGUCCUGCGGGAACCUGGGGCUGCUGCUGCAGCGCUUCAUGGAGCUCGCAGUGAUGCCGUACAGCAGCGGGGCCGUGGCCACGGUCUCAGCGAUGCCGGUGCCCUCGGCCAGCCGCUUCUCGGCGGGCUCCUACCGCCUCAGCUCGUCGCUCAGCAGCCCCAGCUACUACACGUCCGAGUACCGCUCCAAGUACAGCACCCCCUCCAGCUCGACGUCGUCGGUGGCGGCGUACGGCCGGCGGCACCUGAGCCUGUCGGAGGCGGACUCCGGGCUAGGCGCCUCGUCGCGCUACAGCUCCGCCUCUGGCUCCAGCUUCAGCCUCUCGUCGUCGUCGUCGCGCGAGCGCAGCGAGGCGCGCGAGCCCGCCUACUCGCGGGCGUCCAGCCGGUCGCGCGCCGACUCCGGCGCCACCUCGGCGUCGGCGUCGGCCUCUGCCGGCUCGUCGGCCGGCGUCUCGGGCGGGCGCGCCCCGCGCAGCUCGACGGCGGCCGCGCUCGACGCCGUCCAGGACCUGUACAACAAGUACUCGCCGUCCGCCUACCUCGCCGAGCGGCCGCCGCGCGCCACCGCCGCCUCGACCACCGCGCAGCGCUACGCGCCGGCCGUCGCGGCCACGCGGACAGAGGAAAUCAGUGCUUCUCCACGUCUCUUGCGUGGCUAUUCACGAACUCCAGGAAAUGAACGCGGUGGUCUUGCUGGCUUGCGUAACAUUGGAAAUACAUGCUUCAUGAAUUCUGUGAUCCAGUGCCUCAGUAAUACAAAACCUCUGCUGGAAUACUUGCUCAAUGAUGGCCACCUGACUGACAUAAAUACAACUGUUUCUGGUAUGAAAGGGGCCCUCAUUAAAGCAUUCACUACAGUAAUUCAAGAACUAUGGCACAGUGACAGUAAUGGCACAGUCGUAAAUACUACAGCACUGAAAUCACAAAUCCAACGAUUUGCACCACGUUUUAUGGGCUACAGUCAACAAGACGCUCAGGAAUUUCUGCGAUAUUUAUUGGAGGGGCUACACGAAGAUGUGAAUCGUGUUACUGUCAAACCUAAACCGAUUCUUACAGAAAUUGAUGAGACAUUAAGUGACCAGCAGAAAUCAGCCGAAGCUUGGAAACGGUACCUUCGUGCCGACGACAGCAAGAUAGUGGACAUCUUCGUGGGCCAACUCAAAUCGACACUGCGAUGUACGGUGUGUGGUCACUGCUCUGUGACAUUUGAUCCCUUUUGGGAUCUCUCUCUGCCUAUCCCCGUGCGUACGGGGCAAGUGCGUCUCCAGCAGUGUCUCGACAGUUUCACACGGGAGGAAGUCCUCGAUGGUGAUGAGAAACCUACAUGUUCAAAGUGCCAGAUGCGUCGAAAAUGUACAAAAAGUUUCACUAUCCAGAAGUUUCCGAAGAUUUUGGUGCUUCAUUUGAAACGGUUUUCACCUACUGAAAGGUUCCGUGGUAAAUUGAAUGUGACUGUUGACUUUCCACUAACUGGCCUAGACCUGAGUGCGUAUGCUGCUAACAGGGGUCAGGGUUGCACAUACAACUUGUAUGGAGUUGCAAACCACUCUGGAACAACUUACUCGGGACACUACACUGCGUACUGCAAGCAUCCUUAUACGGGAGAAUGGCACGAGUACAAUGACUCGAGGGUAUCAACCAUUUCAUCUAGAAGUAUCAUGUCAAGUGAAGCCUAUGUCCUAUUUUAUGAACUUUUUGGACACACGUCACAUUUAUAAUCUUAGUGUGCCUCCAUUAUAUUGUGCUUCACCAGUUGAAAAGUGAAAGAACACUUAAAAUCUCAGAUUUUAUACAAAAUUUGACAUUGGUCAUUGUAUUAUUUAUUUAAUUUUGAAAUUAACUGAGGAGGUGUUGCCUGUUUUUUAUUGCUGGAAAGUUUUUUAAAUUAUAUGUUUGUUUUAAAGCAAUGUAACAAGCAAAUUGUGUGAAAGAGAAAGUGAGAAAGACACGUCAGAAAUUUUAAGAAAAUUGUAUAUUAUUAAAAUAAAAGAGAAACUAUCAAACUUCUCAUAAUAUUAUGAGCAAGAGUAAUGAAAUAAUUUCAUUAUUUGUCAUAAAAUAACCUGCAUGAUGCACUAGUACAAGCAAAAUGUCCCUGUUAUUGUCAUUGUGCAUCAGAGCUAACUAUGUUUAACAACUGAGUGGAUUUUUUUUUUUUUUUUUUUAAUAUAUGUAAGAAUCAUUAUGCCUGUGAGUAUUUUUUCAAUUUUAAAAAUAUUUUAUAAGGGUAUAGAAAUGUUACCAUAAGCAAUGUAUUGCAAAUGUUCUCUUUUGACUUAUAUAUCAUGAGUUCAUCUUUGGUACUUACGGUUAGUAUUACUUGACCAAGGAUCUAACAGUUUAUCUUUAAUUUAUUUUACAAAUGAAUCAUUAUUUUUACUAUUUCAUGAGUAAUGUUAAGCUGUUUAGUUUCUUUCAGCAUGAUACACUGUACAUAAUUUACAGGCUGAAUCAUAGAUGAUCAACUUCUUCCCUCUUAAUAAAUGGUGCCAGGUAUAUGGAAUUCAGUUUUUAACUGUGUUAUAGGUCCAGUAUUUGUGUGGAAAAAAACCCUAUUUAUUCUCAACAUAAAUAUUUCUGUUCAUGAAUUUAUAUCAUCUAAGAUGUCAAGGAUAGGUAUAUGUGUAAUACAUCUGGAAGGUACACAAAUAAUAAUUUCAUAAGAAGCUAAGUGGAAGUGAUGAGAGAGUAAAAUUAGGCGGGGGAGGGGGGGGGGGGGGGGGUGACACAUCCUGAAAAUCAAUAAGAAAAUAUAAAAAAAUAAAAAAGAUUUCAGCUAUAAACUUAAACUUGAACCAUUCACUCUUCCUGUACAUGUAUUGCUUCUCUGUAGAAGAAGAUCAUUAUCAUAAUUUAAGAAAUAUUUAUUGUUGUUGCUUGCCAUGUGGUGUCUUUUGUAAAUAUACCAGUGUCCAUAAGAAAUACUCUACUUUUGGCCAUAACUAUCAAUGAUAAAUGUUGAUGGUUUCCUUAAAUGGCAUGUAUCUUUUUAUUGCACCUCUAUGAAGGUGGGUUGUGAAUACAGAGCUCGAUUGUGAUUGGUGUUGAUAUUUCAAGUAAUUUUUGUGAUUAUAAUUGUGAUAAGUAGCACUGUGAUGAAACUUUAUAAGCUUACGUCAGCAGACAACAAUGAACAAUUCAUGGACUAAUAUAGAUUACAGAAGAUGGCAUUGUGUCAUAUAGUAAACAUUGUUUUAGGGUAUAUUGCGUUGUACACUGGCAAAUAAUAGUGGAAAGCAUUGUUGGUUUCUAAAUGACAGUCAUGUUGGAAAGUAAUUUAGUCUUAGAUUCACUGUCAAAUAUCAUUUUUCUAUUCAUUCCAACAUAUUAUUUAUUAAUAUAAAUGUUUUGUUGUACUCUUAUUGUCUAGAAGAAUUUGUUUUACUAGACAUAACCAGCAGUAGUUGAAGCAUUGCAAACACAGUGUACAUACAUUUAAACAGCUUAUCAUUUGUGGAAUUUCUCUGAUGCUUAUGUAAUUUGUGACCAUGACUGAUGCAGGGAGCACAGUCCUAAUAAUCUGUGAUGCAGAUUAAUAUUGUAGAAAAAAGCUGAAGAAUCUCAACAUGGCCCAAAUAAGUCAUAUUUUAUACCUAAAAUGGGAAUUUUGUGCUUUAUUAGACCCGAUGUCUCCCUGGAUCAAUCCUUCUUCACCUCACUUUGCAAGGGAAAAGGAGAAUUCAGUGGUCCUGAUGACUGUCAUAGGAAUAUUGCUGGCUCUGCCCAUUUUCGGUGUUGUAGUGUAUGAUGUUUAACCUCAUUCAGUAGCCAAAGAAAUUUUACUUGUUUACUGCAAAUACCCGAAUUUGUUGCCCACUUCCACAUAACUACACACAGCCAUAGAACAUACAUUUAAAACCUAAAAUGAGAUUAAAAGAAUGAACAAAGCAAGAAAAUUUGACAUUUGUGUUAGAUGUUGCUGUUACUCUUGUUUCUUAUAAAAUCAUAUUUUAGUGCUGUUGUUGCAGUAAAUCUGUGGUCACCAAGGUACUGUACUUUGGGAUGUAGUUUAGGUUCAAGCCUCAGAAGUAAUAUUGAGAUAUGAGUUACUGUUGCGUAAGGCUGUGCACAAAAUUAUGCUAACAGAAUUCAUUUUCAUAAGUAACGUUUUGGUAUGUAGCAUAGUAGUUAUUGUAAAAAUACAAAAUCUGUUAAAUUUACAAACACUGUACAUAGACCACAGAAGGAUAACAUUGUGAGUUAACAGUAUGCAUAACAACCAACCAAUGAAAGAUCAGCUACACGUUUUUGAAUUCUGUGAGCCACCUGCAGUGUCCUUUGUUGUUUUAUAUAAGUAAGCUAUAUAACUUAAAUAUUUAUUUAUUUAUAAAUUGCCUGAACAUAAAUUAAAAUCAGUUGUACAUAAAAUGGCUCAGUAUUUGAAUAAUUCAAACAGCCUCAACUUGAGAAUGAAAAAUUACAUAUGUAGCUAUUUGUGUACAUAUGUUCUCUAACAUGGAGAGACAUGUAUCAAAAAUAUUUUUCUGCAAUACAGCUACCAUGUAGCAAUAGUUCUGGAAUAUCUAAUAUGUAUAGCUUUCUGAAAUUUCACACAGAUUACAAAAUGCUUUAUGCUUUAGUAUUGCAUUUUUAUUGUUUCACUGUCUCAGAUGUGUGCCAAAGAAAGUUUCACAAAAGUUGCUGACUAAAUGAUAUUCCUUCCACAGGCCUGAUUCUACAGUGUGGAAUAAAUAUGCAUGAUGAGUUAGGAAAUUAUUGUAUGGGAAUUUGGACUAUGGAAAUUUUAUAAGAAGUAAUUUCAAAAUUGACAUUGUCUUUAAAAAAAAUGGUGCUAAAUGUUACAGGGAAGUGUGGCAUGAACUGGGGUUUGUUAGAGCAAUAGUUGAAGUCAUUGAGAGAGACUGAAUGCUAAUUUGAAACCUAAUGUGUAUUGUUACCUUGCAGCACUCAAUUUAUUCCAUAGACGAGUGUGGAGCCAUUCAGUAUGGUACAUUAUUUAUUUGUGAAUACUGUUGCAAUUUCUUUUAUUUUUUUAUUUUUUAUUUAUUUAUUUAUUUUUAAUGUUAUCAGUAUUCUGUCAAUAAUGCAAUGACUUAUUCCACAACCACUAACUUUGAGUCACAUAGUCACACUGAAUUCUGGAAUAUGGGUGAACAUCUGAGGGGCAAUGAGAAAUGAAGAAAAACUGGAAUAUAAAGGAAUACACAUAAGAAAAUAUCAGUAAAAUGAAAAAUCUUGGUAGGGAGAACUUUAAGAGGAAUAAAAAUGGGUGGUAACAGAACUAUGCCAUCUUUUAUGACUUUGCUAUUGAUGGAGUGUUGUAUCUAGCAACAAAAGUAAAUUAUAAACAAGGAGUUGGUAAAACGCUAUGAUCGACAUAUUUUUCAUUAUUUUCCUUUUCAUGUUAUUUUUCAUGCACAUCCUCUCACUUAAAACUGAAAAAUCUUUCUGUCCUUUAUCACACAGCUGGUGCUCAGUUAGCUGUACAAAAUCCGUGGUGUACCUGUCUCCAUCAAUAAAUAAGCCUGAAUUUAAACUCGGAAGUCAGUUACUGACUCACCUUGGCAAUGGAUCUAAAGCUCUCGCUCAACAUACCCUGAAAAGAAUUUAUGUGAUGUACUUGCAUGCCAGCAAAUUAAUUGUCUCAUACCAUGUAAGUUUAACACAAACACAGCGCUGAUCCUCAUAACACGUUGCAGUGGAAUACGACUUAGACGAUUGAGCAUUACUUAAGUUAUCUGUGCUGCAGCUGAAACGUGUAUAAACUGUAGUAGUUUAUCCUUACUCACCUGCAAAUAAAGAGUUGUGGUUACUAUUUUCUCCAGGUAUUUGGUAUUUUAAUGUGCUGUGGGGUACUGGGAUAAUAUCUUUUUAUAGAAAUGAAAGUUUUUAAAUGUAUCUUACAUUAAUGUGGAAGUUAAUAAUCUAAGGCAAAAGUAUGUGGGUACCGGAUACUGUAUUGCUGACAAGGGAACAUUCCCCAAGAAUCAAUAAACAAUCUCCAUGACACUUGACAGAUGUGUAGAGGGGCAAAAUAGUGCAAUAUGUAAUUUUUUAUUUGUGUGUCUUCAAAACACUCAUAUAUAAAAAGUAUUUUUCAUAUAGAAGUUGAUAUGUAAUUAAUGUUCUUGAAAACUGUAUAAUCAACAUUAGUAAUAAUUUGAAAUUUUGCAAAAUACCCGACCACCAUUAAUUAAUUCUGAAAUAUGAAAACUUUUGUUACAAUGUAAAGAAGCUUUCAAGCCACAUACAUCCAUGUGUAAUAAAGCUGGUUUCUGAAA